AAUUGUCAUGCUUUUUCUUCUCCAUCUUUCUCUGUGUAUGUAAAAGCAAGAAACCCUGCAACAUAUAUAGCAGGAGGUGCAGAAAAUCCAGUCUCAGAUCCCGAUAUACUGCAUCUCUCUUACACCAUUAACGAGAUAUAAGCAAAAUCUGUCUUUCUUUUCCCUCUCUCACUUCCUCCAUUAAAAACACUCUCGAAGCACGAGGCUCUUUCUUUGUUGUCCUUCCUUGACCUACUAGAUUGAUGCUCAUUUCUUUUACAAAUAUAUUUACUUGGGUUUUAUUAUAGGCCUUUGUGGUUCAAAGAAAUGCAAGAGCCAGGGUUAGGGAUGAUGAGUGGUGGUGGGAGUGUUGGAGGAUUAAGCAGCGGCGGUGAGGUGUCUGUUUCCGGUGACCGGAACCGUCAGCUGAAGGCUGAGAUAGCCAUACAUCCGCUUUGUGAGCAGCUUGUAGCAGCACAUGUUUCUUGUCUGCGUGUGGCUACACCAAUCGAUCAGUUGCCUUUGAUUGAUGCACAGUUAGCACAGUCUCAUAAUCUUCUUAGAUCAUAUGCUUCACAGUAUCAUCAACAGGGCCAUUCCUUAUCGCCCCAUGAAAGACAGGAGCUUGAAAACUUCUUGGCACAAUAUUUGUUAGUGUUAUGUACUUUCAAAGAACAGCUUCAACAACAUGUCAGAGUCCAUGCCGUUGAAGCUGUUAUGGCCUGCCGUGAAAUUGAAAAUAACUUGCAAGCUCUUACUGGAGUUAGCUUGGGUGAAGGCACAGGUGCAACAAUGUCAGAUGAUGAGGAUGAGAUGCAGAUGGACUUGUCUUUGGAUCAAUUCGGCAGUGAAGGGCAUGACUUAAUGGGUUUUGGUCCCUUAAUCCCUACUGAAUCCGAAAGGUCUUUGAUGGAGAGGGUCCGUCAGGAGCUCAAGAUUGAACUGAAACAGGGUUUCAAAUCAAGAAUUGAGGACGUGAGGGAGGAGAUUUUACGAAAAAGAAGGGCUGGGAAAUUACCAGGUGACACAACCACAGUGCUCAAAAACUGGUGGCAGCAACACUCAAAGUGGCCAUACCCAACUGAAGAUGAUAAGGCCAAACUUGUGGAGGAAACAGGAUUGCAGCUAAAGCAAAUCAACAACUGGUUCAUCAACCAAAGGAAGCGCAACUGGCAUAGCAACUCUCAAUCUGUCACCUACUUGAAGUCGAAGCGGAAAAGGUAAGAGAGACAAAGGAUCUCCAUGAGAAAUGGAGAAGAAGA